GGCGGGCGGCCGGGCCGGCUUCCGGUGGCGCGUGGUUUCCGGAGCGGAUCGGAACCUGGAGUCCGGAUUCGAUCCGGGUCGGAACAUUCCAAAAGCAGGUUUCAGAAAUGGCAGAGGAUGGCAGCGAUGAGACCAUGUUUAUUUGGUGCGAAGAUUGUGGUCAGUACCAUGAUUCGGAGUGUCCUGAGCUGGGCCCAGUGGUGACAGUCAAAGACUCCUUUGUGUUGAGCAGGGCAAGGUCAUCCCUUCCUUCCAAUCUGGAGAUCAGACAACUAGAAGAUGGGACUGAAGGAGUAUUUGCAGUGACGCAGCUUGUCAAACGUACCCAGUUUGGUCCAUUUGAAUCCAAGAGAGUUGCCAAACUGGAAAAGGAGUCAGCAUUUCCACUGAAGGUUUUCCAGAAGGACGGGCCCCUGGUUUAUUUUGAUACCUCUAAUGAAGAUGACUGCAAUUGGAUGAUGAUGGUGAGAGCAGCCACUGAAUAUGAACACCAGAACCUGACUGCCUUCCAGCAUGACAGUGAUAUUUACUUCACCACCUCCCGGGACAUCCCACCAGGAACUGAGCUGCGAGUGUGGUAUGCAGCUUUUUACGCCAAAAAAAUGGAAAAGCCAGUGCUGAAGCAGGUCACUAGUAUUGCCAAUGUGAGCGCUCCAGAGAGUAGUGGGCCCCUUGAAGCGGAGUCCAGCCAGUGGACGUGUAAAGUGUGUUCAUCUGUUUUCCCGGAACCUCAGCUACUGACAGAACAUCUGUUGAGUCACCUGGAACAAGCCAAAGGAGUCCCCCAAACAAGCCAAAAUGAUGCAACUCCAGAGAAGCCUGCAGAGGCUCCCAUUGCUGAUCAGCCUGUAACUGGCGAAGGUGCUGGUGCCAACGUAGACUCCAGGAGGACUCCACGAAGGGGAAGAAAGCCCAAAGCAGCAAAAGCAGAAACACCUCUUGUUGUCGCUGAAGAUAAAGACCCAGCAGUGGAUCGAGUAGCUGAAAUUAUAACAGAGAUCCCACCUGAUGAGGCAGCCCUUCCCUCUGCAGCGGAAGAGAGGAUUAUGGAACUGGUUUUAGGAAAGCUGCCAAGCACCACAAACAACAUCAGUUCAGUAACAAAUAGGUUUGCUCAUCACCAAAACACCAUGUCCCUCAAAAGAAGUUUAAUUCUCUCCAGUAGACAUGGAAUACGUCGAAAGCUGAUAAAGCAACUUGGGGAACACAAACGGGUAUAUCAGUGCAACAUCUGCAGUAAGAUCUUCCAGAACAGCAGCAACCUCAGCAGGCACAUCCGGUCUCAUGGUGACAAACUGUUUAAAUGUGAGGAAUGUGCAAAGCUGUUCAGCCGUAAAGAGAGCUUGAAGCAGCAUGUUUCAUACAAACACAGCAGGAAUGAGGUCGACAGUGACUACAGGUACAAGUGUACUACAUGUGAAAAGGCCUUUCGGAUAGAAAGUGCAUUGGAAUUCCACAACUGCAGAACAGAUGACAAGACAUUCCAGUGUGAGAUGUGUUUCAGGUUCUUUUCCACGAAUAGUAACCUCUCAAAACACAAAAAGAAACACGGGGAUAAGAAAUUUGCAUGUGAAAUCUGCAAUAAGAUGUUCUACCGGAAGGACGUCAUGUUGGAUCAUCAAAGGAGACACUUGGAAGGGGUGAGGCGUGUGAAAAGAGAAGACUUUGAGCACAGCACGGAGAACAUGGUGCGCUACAAGAAGGAACCCUCGGGAUGCCCUAUGUGUGGGAAGGUAUUUUCAUGCAGAAGCAAUAUGAACAAACACCUCCUGACACACGGAGACAAGAAAUACACCUGUGAAAUCUGUGGACGUAAAUUUUUCAGAGUGGACGUUCUUAGAGAUCAUAUUCACGUCCAUUUUAAGGACAUUGCACUAAUGGAUGACCACCAGAGGGAAGAGUUCAUUGGUAAAAUUGGAAUCUCAUCAGAGGAAAACGAUGACAACUCUGAUGAAAGUGGAGAUUCUGAGCCUCACAAGUAUAGCUGCAAAAGGUGCCAGUUAACCUUUGGCAGAGGGAAGGAGUACCUAAAACACAUAAUGGAGGUUCACAAGGAGAAAGGCUAUGGCUGUAGCAUCUGUAAUCGACGAUUCGCCUUGAAGGCAACUUACCAUGCUCACAUGGUCAUUCACCGGGAGAAUCUGCCUGAUCCAAAUGUGCAGAAAUACAUCCACCCAUGUGAAAUUUGUGGAAGGAUUUUUAACAGCAUCGGGAAUUUGGAACGACAUAAGCUUAUACACACAGGUGUAAAAAGUCAUGCGUGUGAGCAGUGUGGAAAGUCAUUUGCCAGAAAGGACAUGUUAAAAGAGCACAUGAGAGUCCACGAUAACAUCCGAGAAUACCUGUGUGCGGAAUGUGGUAAAGGAAUGAAGACAAAACAUGCUCUGCGUCACCACAUGAAACUCCACAAAGGGAUCAAGGAAUAUGAAUGCAAGGAAUGCCAUCGUAAAUUCGCACAGAAGGUCAACAUGCUGAAGCACUACAAAAGGCACACAGGGAUCAAAGAUUUUAUGUGUGAGCUCUGUGGGAAGACAUUUAGUGAGAGAAACACAAUGGAGACCCAUAAACUGAUUCAUACAGUGGGGAAACAGUGGACAUGUUCAGUCUGUGAUAAAAAGUACGUCACCGAUUACAUGCUUCAGAAGCACAUCCAGCUAACUCACGAUAAGGUAGAAGCUCAGAGUUGUCAGCUCUGUGGGACAAAGGUUUCUACCAGAGCUUCAAUGAGUCGACACAUGAGGCGCAAACAUCCAGAGGUUCUUUCGGUUAGAAUUGAUGAUUUAGAGCAGCUCCCAGAAGCUACCACCAUUGAUGCCUCCUCUAUUGGGAUUGUUCAGCCUGAGUUAACCCUGGAACAGGGAGAGUUACCCGAAGGCAAGCAUAUGAAAACUAAACGUGGCCAUAAGCGAAAGCAGAAGCCGGGUGAAGAGGAGGAAGUACAAGUGCCUGAGGAUCCUGCCUUCAGUGAAUACACAGAGAAAGAAGCUGAAUUCACAGGGAAUGUGGGAGAUGAAACCAAUUCAGCUGUACAGAGUAUUCAGCAGGUGGUGGUGACCCUUGGCGACCCAAACGUCACGGCCCCUUCUAGUUCUGUUGGGUUGACAAAUAUUACCGUCACCCCAAUUACCACGGCAGCUGGAACCCAAUUUACAAACCUCCAGCCAGUGGCUGUGGGCCACCUCACUGCUCCUGAACGCCAGUUACAACUCGACAAUUCAAUCCUUACUGUGACGUUUGAUACUGUCAGUGGUUCUGCCAUGCUGCACAAUCGCCAAAACGAUAUUCAGAUACAGCCACAGCCAGAGGCAGCCAAUCCUCAGUCUGUGGCCCAUUUUAUAAACCUGACAACCCUGGUGAACUCCAUUGCUCCUCUAGGGAAUCAGAUCGCAGAGCAGCAUCCAUUGACAUGGAGGGCAGUGCCUCAGACCGAUGUCCUGCCGCCCCAGUCGCAGCAAACACAACAGCAGUCAGGACAGCAGCAAGUUCAAACAGAGCAGCAACAGCAGAUGUACAGCUACUGAUUUAUACUUGAAAAGUCUUGAAAUGGACUGGACUGUGAGACAAUUUUUAAAAAAGUGGAAAACUAUAAGUGAAUUGUUUGCUGGAUACCAAACAGAGAUGGAAAAAUGUUUAUACAAUGAAAUGUAAACUAAAAUUGGCAUAGCACCCUGCAACACUGUGGUCUUUGAAAUUCACACACUAUUUCUAAACGCAGCACCAUCUAGAAGUCUCAUUCUAAAUUCAGCACCCCAGUGUGGUGGUGUGUUUUGUGCAAUGAUGGUUCUGGGUUUUGACAAGAGCACCACAAUUGACCUUACACAAAGAUGGGAAAUCACAAAUAGUAAAUAUGACUAACCCCUCAGCCAUACAACUCAAUUGUUUUCCAAUCUGGAGGGAAUGUAUACACUGAGCUGGGGUUCACUGGUUGUCACCUUCUAGAGACUGAAAUGUAAAGAUAUAAUUGAGCCUCUAAAAAAGGAUUGUCUUGCUUUUUCCAUCCUUAGAAGGUCUUGUAUCUCUGGUAAAGUAAGGGUGAGGGUUUGGGGCUGGAAGUGGGGGAAAGUCUAUGGGGUAAAAGAAAAUGUACCCAAUUUCACAAAGUAUUUCCAUUGUGGUGAUGGAAAAAUCUUUUAUCAGUAAAACAUGUCAGUGCUACCUGAAGCAAAUAGCCAGUCUAAUGUUAAAACAACUUUACUAGAAGACCAUAAAAGUUGUUUGAAUCAAACCGGUUAUGAGCUGAAACCAUAAUGUGAUAAAAUUGUAUGUAAUUUUGUCAAAAUUGCUCUUUCAAUAUUGCUUUUAGCUAGGAGGCCUGAAGAGCAAUCAGUCCCCUUUGAUCAAGUUCAGGAUGUGAAUUUACCAAUUAGUCUUCUUUCAUCAUGUAAUAAACAUUUGAGAGAGUAAUUUUUAAUAUAGCCUCUGUAUUUCACUGUGUGUUCUUGGUGAAUAUUUAUGUAUUAACGGCUGGUCUGACUUGGUUCCAUGUAUCUUUUCAUCUCCUUAUUCUUCUGCAUGGCAGAACUAGUGUGUGGAUUCUGCUUGUAGAACUUCCAAAUCUCAUAGCCACACACGGGCUGUCAUGAAGUCAUAAAGUGCAAUGUCUAACAUUCAUGUAGACUGCCACAAGGAGGCAGUCUGAGCCAAUGGAUAUAGGCUUGCCUGGAUAUACGGGAAAUGAAGUACAGAUACACCCAUCUAUGCUGAGACUGCCAUUUCCAAUGCCUGAUAAGCUGUAUCCUCCGUAUCUUCUGUUUGUGCCAGUGCGCAGUCUGGAUUGUUGCAUAUCAAAAUGACGAUGAUAUCCUCCCACACAAAGGACAAAGCACCACUGUUGUCAAAGAGCAAUGAACAGUAAAAGUUGCUCUCUGCCACUGGACACCUGAAAGGCAAAUUUUCCAAACCAGCAAUGGAUGAAGAAAAAGUUCCUUUGCUGCAUUACAAACAGGCACUCAAACUUGCUAAGAGGGAUAUUCCUUGAUACGGCAAUUGCUGCACUUCACAAUGGAGACAGACUGAUGUUAAUGAAAAGCCUAUCUGUGCCUAACACAUUAAUGAAAAUGUUCAAUUUGUAAACAAAAACGUGAUGAGAAAUGAGUUAAACUUGAAAGUGUGUGUCAGCAAGAUCUACCUCACCCUUAGAGAAUGAAUUAUAAUAUCCGCAGAAGAAGAAUUCUACUUAGAAACAAAAACAGAUCCCUCAGAAGUAUGAAUGCCUGCAAAUGAACAGUUAAGGGAUAUGCAACCACUUUGCUCAUUAUUAAUUAUUUGUAUUGUAGCAUUGUCUAGAGGCCUGAAAUAGGAGUGGGACCCUAUCGUGCCAAGCUCUGUACAAGCAUUCAACAAAGAGAGUCCCUGCCCCACAACAAAAAUAAAAAGUCAGAACCAUAUAUUCUAUUGCCCCAUGCAAAUUACACCUUCCUAUGCAACUUAAAUUAUGCGCCCUUGUUGUGGUGUGAAAUAACAACAGUGUUAGCAAGAUAAGGAGAAAAUAACAUUCUCUUUAAUUAGAACUAAAGAUUUCAAAACUAACAAAGCCUGCAACUUGGCAGGGUGUUAGACUAGAUCAGCAUUUCUCAAAUGCAGUCACAGCCUCCUGGGCAAUGAUUUGGGGGAAGGGGCAAAGCAGCAGCCUCUCUCCCCCAGCAGGGGUUGGGUCCUUUCCUCCUCUGCAGACACAGAUGCUGGAGGAGCACAGGCAGCUAGUGAGUUUCCCCACCUUCAGUGGGGUCAGGUUUCAGCCCUGGAGUGGACGACAGCAGGCUCCAGCUGCGGGCCCCGGCUGCAGUGCUUCAGGCUCCGUCUCUGGGCCCCAUCCCCUCGGUGCGGGGCGUCAGGCUCCAGCCCCCAGCCACAGGCUCAGCACCCCUCCCUCAUCACCCUUGUAUCCCACUGCCCUUCUCUGGCUCAGGGCUUCAGCCGCACCGUGGCAGGCUCCAGCCCUGAGCUCAUCAUCCCCCAUCACCCCUGGCCUCCGUUGCCUCCUCCAGCCCUAGGCUUCAGCCACGUAGCCGUUGUCGGACACUGGCCCCUGCUGCCUUUCUAUCCACCUCCCCAUCCAGGGCUUAAUUUGUCCUCAGGCUUACCAGGGCUGAAUAAGUCUGCAGUGAAAGUGAUACACCUCUACCCUGAUAUAACCGCAACCUGAUAUAACACAAAUUCAGAUAUAACGCAGUAAAGCAGUGCUCGCGGGGGGGGGGGGGGCUGCGCGCUCCGGCGGAUCAAAGCAAGUUUGAUAUAAUGCGGUUUCACCUAUAACGCAGUAAGAUUUUUUGGCUCCCGAGGACAGCGUUAUGUCGGGGUAGAGGUGUAUUUGUAGGUUUGUUAAUUUCACUGUUCACAGCAAACUUAGUAGCUAGCUGGGAGGCUGUGAAAAGAGCUAUUAACAUACAAGCAUCACUUUUCAUAGCAGCAGACUUACUAGAUUUAAGUCUAAAAUAAAAAAAAGCAAAAGAGACAACAGAAAAGACAAGAAUGUGCAAAGCACCUUAUUUGUGUUUCUAUUCUGUUUAGACCCAGUAAAGAAUAGAAACAACUGUACAUUAUUUUUAUUAUUGAGUCGCAAAAAAUGGCCACCAGCAAGAGUUGGGGCUGCACUCUGAGGCCACCAAAAAAAUUGAGAACCGCUGGACUAGAUGACCCUUGCUGUCCCUUCUAACUUUAUGGUUCUAUGAUUCUGUGCCCCAGGGUACAUUUGCUUAUGUUGGAACUCAUUUUUCUGCAAGUGUGUUGUGCUGAUUGAAAGUGUUUUUGAGAGAGAGAGAGAGAGCGCUAGCACUGGCAAAAAAACAAACAAACAAAAAAACUUGUUGCUGAAAGAAUUCAUUAUGGAGUUACAAAAUGUGUUGAUAUAUGUUGGUGUAAAGUUAACUGGUACAUUUUACCUAAAUUUACUAACAAACAUAUGUAUAGCUUUUUAAAAAGUGUACUAUAUGUUAGAGCCAUAUCACACUGAAAAUAGACCCCUUGAUAAGGAAAUGUUUGGGGGUGUUUUUUUUCCGUCUUUCAUUUUCCUAGAAAUAUGUUUUCAACUUUAUAUGUAUUUAUGCAAACGGAAAUUUGGCUGGGAGGUGUAAGUUCAUCAGAUGGCAGUAAGUAAAAGGAGUAUGUGGCAAGAGUGUGUAUUUAGUUUCUUUCAUUUCUCCAGAGCCUAGUAGAUUGGUGUUUUUGCAAUAUAAAUAAUGAGCGCAGUGGCUUCAUCCCUUAACUGUUCAUUCCCAGACUAUCACUGAGGAUUUUUGAAGCAGAAGCAUUAUAAUACAUUUGCAGUGGGACAGGAGAGGCUCUAUUGCUAAAUGCUUUCAAAAUCAACUCAUUCCUACUGUAGUUUGUUGUUUGUGAAUUUCCCUGCUUUUUUUUCCUUUAAGUGCCAAAUGUUGAAAGAGGGUUGAUGUUUAUAUGGUUUGCAAUAGAGAGAGCCCUACUGAGACAGAUUUUAUGAGGACCAAUUAAGCAGAGCUUUCCUCUGGAUGUUAGCAAGGCCAUAGAAGGAGAGUCCAGGGUGGGGAAGAGUUCCCUGUGGGUGGGAUCAGAAUGGGCACAGUGGAGAAGGAAAGGUUUUAAUCUGUGUGAUCAUAUAAUGAAUGUUUGCAUGCCAACCAUUCAUUUGAUCUGCUGUAAUCAUAGCAAAAGAAAUGUUUCUCUUUUGAUCCCCCAAUAGCCUUCCCCUAACCCUAAAAUACUAAAAGGCAUUUCACCUCAGGAGAACAAAAAGCAAAAACAUUGAAGUUCCUUGACCAGGCCACUUUGAAGAGAUUAUGAGCUAAAGAAAUAUUAGAAAGUUUUUCAAAAAAUAAACUUCAGCUAAAUUUUUCAGAGCACCACAACUUUAAAACUGUUCUACGUGGGUCAGUAUACCGCAAACAUCACAUUUAUCAGCGCAUUCCUCUUGAUUUUUUUCACUAAACUUCCCCCCCCAAAAGCCAUGUACCCAGGGUGAGAUGCAGCGUAUGGAACUGCAGCACGAUUGAUGUCUUUUUGGAGAAGUUGGGGGUGGAGGAUCUUAACAAUGAGCUGAUCUUGGAGAGCUAGUGAGUGCUGCAGUUUAACUGUUCUCCCUGUGAAAACAUGUCCUUUGCAAUGCUCCCUCAGGAUUGGCCUGCUUUUAACUUUUUUUCCACAGAGUUUGUCAAGGAUUUUUCUUUAAUACUUUGGCCCAAUAUGAGGAACUUGCUUAUCUGAGCAGUUUCUAUAUCUGCUAUGCUCAAGAAAUAUUGUCUUUAGAUAAAAUGAAUACCAAAGUUAUGCCACUUUUGUUUCAAAGUAAAAAUACAAGGGGUGUGUCAUCCAGCACAGAGACGUACAUUUAUUGAACAAUAUCUUUGCCAAUACAUCACCAGCCUUUUUUGACUAACGUUAAGUUAUUCCCUGUCUUUUCAGCAAUGAUUUGGGAAUUUUGCACAUUGAUAAUAGCAAAAUAUUGAAUUAUUUGGAGCCAAAAUAGCAACAUUGUGUAGUGUUCCAUGUACAUACAAUUGUCUAGUGGUAAAAUAUUUAUUUAGUUGAACGGUGCUUAUGGCACAUGGACACUGAAACAAAGGAGCCUCAAGCUGCAGAAUCUUUACUAGCGCUAUCAUUCAAAACCAAAAAGGGAUUAGUGUACCACAGGGCUUUGCCUACAAGUUACACAGAAUUGCUCUAAAGGCAAUAGGCUUACUCAAUAGUUAUGUCACGUUACAUUUGUACAUACCACAGAAUACAAAAACACAGGGUACAGUUUUCAAAUAAUUAUACUAUAGCAGUGCCAUUGUAAAGAAGUGGGAUGAGGAAGAGGUUAAGUCCUCCUCACUUGUAGUCUGAGUUCUCUCAGGAAAACAUACUGUAUCAAGUGCUAUUACA